CCGGCUGCCUCCUCUCUCCCCUCAGCAGUCCCACCUGUUGGUACACUCCAUGGUAUCGACCAACCUCACCUCUGCCCCAGUGUUCCUCCUCCUCGGCCUGGUGGAUGGAACAGACGCCCACCUGCUGCUGUUCCUGCUCUUCCUUGGUGUCUACCUUCUCAACGCCCUGGGAAACCUGAGCAUGGUGGUGCUGGUGAGGUCUGGCAGGGCCCUCCAGGCCCCCAUGUAUUACUUCUUGGGUCACCUGAGCCUUGUGGACUUCUGCUUUGCCACUGUCACAGUCCCCAGGCUGCCGGCCAUCCUGCCCCAUCUGGGCCAGGCUGUGUCCUUCCAGGCGUGCUUUGCCCAGAUGUACCUCUUCAUGGCUCUGGGCAUCACUGAGAGCUACCUCCUGGUGGCCAUGUCUUAUGACAGUGCAGCAGUGGUGUGUCAACCCCUCCGCUAUGUCAUGCUGAUGAUGCCAUGACACUGCACCACGCUGGUGCAUGCGUCCUGGGUCGUGGCACACCUGCAUUUGCUGCUGCACACACUGUUCCUCUCCAUGCUCUCCUACCCCUGUGCUGCCCUGCACCACUUCUUCUAUGACAUGGCGGUGAUGCUGAGCUUGGUGACCUCGGACACCUUUGCUGCGGAGAUGGCCAUCUUUUCCGAGGGCUUGGCCAUGGUGGUGGCCCCACUGCUCCUCAUGACUCUCUCAUAUGUGCACAUCCUGGUUGCGGUGUUGGGCGUGCGCUCCGCUGGGGGUCAGCUCCGUGCCUUAUCCACCUGUGAGGUCCAUCUGGUGGCGGUGGCACUUUUCUUUGGCUCUGUCCUCUCCGUGUAUUUCUGGCCAUUGUCUGCCUACUCGGCCUGCUAUGUGCCUGCUAUGACUGUCUGUGUGGUCAUCACACUGACCUUGAAUCCUUUCAUCUACAGCCUUUGGAACAAAGAAGUCAAGGGUGCCCUGAAAAGGGGGCUCAGAUGGAGGGCUGCACCCCAGGAGGUGUGA